GAGCAUUUGGGUCUUAUUUCCUCUCGGUGAGCUGACGAGUAGAGAGGUGUAUUUAUAUAUGCAAGGCGCUGGCAGUGUCGGCGCAUUGUGUUACACGGGACAGCUGGCUAAGCAACUCCCCCUUUUGUACUGCCACAUUGCAAGCUUUUCUCAGUGAGGCAGCCAUAUACAGUUGAUCGUCCCGCGGACAGACACACGGGAAGCGUUUCAGGAGUGCAUUUGGUUAUGCCUGUAUCGUCUGACUAUCACAGGCAAUCGACGCGACCGAUUUCUGAUGGGAACAAUGAAAGCGCCGGGGCGUUCGACGUUGAUCAUAUCGAGCAACGAGUCGACUGCUGCUAACGCAUCGCACAUAUAAGUACAGUCUCAGCACCCUGCACAGCGCCUCGCACCACGACACCACGGAUGGUGAGGCCAGGAUAUUACAGUUUAUGGGGAAACUUGCAGCAUGUAGUUAAAGUCUUAUCAGCACCGCGGAUAGCAACACACCAACAGGAACUCCUAUUUUCAGCACCGCGGCUAGCAGCAUAAGCGUCGAGCUGCUGCUUUGGCACUGUGGGUAGCAGCAGCGCGGCAGCGCCCCUGCUUUCAGCACCGCGGUUAGCGACACAACACGCUUCGCUCCUGCUGUCAGCAACGAGGCGACGGUUUCACUGUUCAGCACCUUGGACAAUAACACCGCGGCGAGCGAUCCUGCUUCCGGCUUUGUAGACAACACAAUAGUUCCCUUGCAGAACUGAAUUGGUAAUUCGAUCACCAACAUGCACAACAACGGCGACGGUUUGCCCUCCGCUCGGGAGAGCUGUACAAAUGGCUGCGCUCAGCAAAUGCUCUCUGCAGCCCCGCAGAGGAAGGAAAGUGGCGCGGAAUACACCACCGAAGGGGACCCCAAGCAAAUGGAACCACUCGUGGUAAAAAAGGGCAACCGGGAAAUACUAGACCACGAACGGAAAAGAAGGGUCGAACUCAAAUGCAUGGAGCUUCAGGAGAUGAUGGAGGAACAGGGGUACACCCAGGAAGAAAUUCGGCAGAAGGUUGGGACCUUCCGACAAAUGUUGAUGGAGAAGGAAGGGGUAUUAACUAAGGAGAACCCACAGGAACGUCAUGUUAAGAAAAGGAAAUCAAGCAGUUCUCCCUCACCACCACCCAAGAAGAAGAAGAAGAAGAAAUCGGGGCACUACAAAAUCCGCUGCGAAAGUUCUUCAUCAUCACGGAAAGAAAGAAAAAAGAAGAGUGGGAAGAAACACAAGAGAGACAGGUCUACAAGCCCUAAAACCAAACGCAAAGACAGAAGCAAACAAAGAAGGCGGUCACCCAGUGAGUCACCACCACGGAAAGCGCACAAAGCACGAAGCUGUUGCAGCUCCCGCAGUGUGUCUGCAUCAUCUAUACGCAGCUCCUCCAAAUCUCUAAGCAGUUCCCACAGCCCAUCUUCAGAGCGUAGAACAUCACAUUCCAAAAGCAAACGCAGUGCUAUUUCCAGGCAGCCCAAGAAUGACACAAACGAACCCAGUCAAUCUCCUCUGCAAGGCCGACGCAACAGAUCAGUGACUCCCAGAGAGAAUGGACACAAGGGUCCUUCGUGGAGUGACAGACACAGUCCAAGACACAGACAUCCACCAAACAGAUCACAGGAUAGCACGGACUCCAGGUCAUUGUCCCCAGGAGCAGAGCCCAGGUCUGCAUCAAAGUCGCCAAAGGCAAAGGAAGGCAAACACUCGAAGCAUAACUCCAGGAGUUUCAGGUCCAAAUCUCCCGGCCACAGCAGGAGGUCCUCCGCUGAGGGAAGACACGCAAAGCCCAGGUCAAGAUCAGCAUCCACUCACAGAGGCUCAAGCAGACGGAAGUCGAUCCUGCCGGCUCACAAAGUAUCUUCUCGCUCUCCAAGUCAAUCGGACUUCAGCAGUGACUCUGCGGGAAGUGUCGGCAGUCGGUCGCGAUCGCGCCAUACGUCAGGCCGGAGUAAAAGCACACGAGCAAAGAAGUUAAGGCAUGCUUCAAGUCGUCACCAUCGAAGGCAUUACACGAGCAGGAACAAGAGCCGCACCCGGUCUCCAAGGAAGCACGAACAACCCAGCAGCCACAACUCGGACAAAAAGAAAAGCGCUUCCUACAGCCCCCGGCGCAAGAGCAGCUCCAGGAGCUCCAGUAGGUCCGUGUCCCGCUCAUGCUCCCGAUCGCACGAUAAGAGAGAUGGACGGAGCAAAUCACGGUCACUACUUCGGAAGGAGCAGUCCAGAGAAAGAGAUAGUGACAUAGGACCACGGCACCAUGACUCUGAAGCAGAGAGACAUCGCCGCCGAUCAAGAAGUUAUUCACCGAUCAGAAAACGAAGGAGGGAUUCGCCCAGCUUCAUGGAGCCCCGUCGGAUUACAAGUGCACGUAAGCGGCCAAUCCCAUACUACAGGCCCAGCCCAUCGUCACCCAGCUCCCUCAGCAGUUGCUCUUCCUACAGCAGGAGUCAAAGCCGUAGCUACGAUAGCUACAGCUCGUACAGUCGGAGCAGGAGCAGGAGCAGGAGCCGGAGCCGGACUCGCAGCCGGACCGCCAGCUACGACAGUCGUACCAGCUCAGAAAGUGCAGGCUUCUAGGAUUGGAUUUUAAAAUGUGCACAAAUAAAACUGAGAGUUACAAAAGUAAGUAUCAUCAAUGGACUCGUUUUCAAAAGAUGGGAACUGAAGAGAAACUGCAAGCGUCAGUAAAUCCAGUAGGUCAGUGCAACCAGAUUUAUAUUAUAACAAGUAUAUAUUUAUAUCAAGACAGCCUUGAUGAAUUCUUGGCCCAGGCUCACACAACUUUCAGCACUGAUAAAAUGAAGUACAUAACAGUUUUGCAGUCUUCAAACUCUCUCCAUCCUAUGUUUGUCUGGUCACCAUCAUUCAGGAGAUUCAAACUAUUUGCCUGGUGCUGGGAUUUAAGUGAAUACGUUUUUUGUAGAAAAAAAACUUUAAUUAUAAACCUCUGCAAAUGAAUUCUUCCAUGAAGUUAUCUGAACCAAAAGUCAGCAACUUCCUCCAAAUAUUAAACAUGCAGCUAUUUAAAAAAAACAAUUAUUUUCUGGUUGACUGGAAUUUUCAUUGAACAAAUCGUCAGGAGUUUCCAUGCUUAUAUUUUUGAAGAACCUCUGGAUGAAAUACUUCAGAUGAACAAGUGGACAAGUGAGCAUGGAAGUUCUCUACUUGGUCUUAUUCGGUAAAUGCCAGCUACAAGAGUAGUCUAUCAAAUUCCUCCUACUGACCUUGUACCAAUGGGAAGGAAACUAGGAUUAAGUCACUGGUUGCAAAAAUGGAAAACUAUGCACUGUAAAUAUAGUAUAAUUAGGCAAUGUGGGUUGGGGAAGGGGGGGGGGAGGGAGGUGGGGGGGGGGGGGGGGGGAGGUGAGGGGACAACUGGUGAGCGACCCAUGAUAUCAAAGGGGAAUUGUAUAAUGCAGAUGUAUGUGGAAUUGUGUCCCUUCUUCUAGUUACUUACAAAUGGUUGCUAAUGAGGCCUGUUUAAGCAACAUUGUUAAGAAUGCCUCAAAAAAUAUAUGUUUAAAUGUUGUGCAGCAAAUGCAAUUGUCUUUUCAUUACUUUUCUGUUCUCAUUAUUAGGAUUUUAAAGGCAAUACCUUAACUUAUUAUCUUGUUAAUCAAAAUGCUUAUUUCAUGAAACUCAUUAUUUUAGGUUAACCCUUCAUCCACUAGAUGACCAUUCUCCAGUGAAUAGAGUUGUGCCACUCUGAUUGCACGCAGUAUGCUAAAUAUGAGGCACUAGUGUCCAGUCCAACUUGAAGCAUUGAAUAAAUUGGAAUCCAAUACUGCCAUUCAGACUGAAGGCUUGAACCAAGAGUUUGGAAAACUCAUCCGUAAUUCUGAAGUUGGCAGAAUGGAAUUGUAGUUUUGAUAAUCACUGACUUUUCAGUGUCCUAAAAUAAGGGAUGAAUCUAGAAAAAUCUAAUGUUCCUGCCCACGAGUUGCACAAGAAUGAUGAUAUCUCAAACACAAACAUUUAUUUUUACAUUCUCAGAGGAAAGGAGAUCAAAUUGACUUAGGUAUGUCCUAUGGAUGUGCAAUUUUAUGCAGAGCUUUUUCCAGUUGCAGUUAUAACAUUCAGUGCAUACUGCAAGCCUUGCUGUUUGUAACAUCUCCAGUACAACAAACUGAAACAUUAAAGUCCAGGAAGUCAAAUAAUAUAGAAUGAAAGAUAGGUUGUAUUUAAUUUAAUAAAGGUGGGAUGUAUUUAACACAAGAAAUUGCAUGUCAAUCCUGGAGCAUAAUGUUUUAUAACCUGAAAAGCAAGAGUAUAAGAUCUGAUGCAGAUCCAUAUUAAUUGGAUUUUUACAUUCAAUGGCACUAAUUUACUUAUUAUCUUGCAAUUCAGCAGAAUAUUGUAAUCUUAUUUGAUCGCCCCUUUUUUUACUCAGUAACUGGUUUUAUCACAUUUCGUCCUAUAUAUUCUCCCAAAAUUCUGCUAGUCCAGCACCACCAAAGACUCAAGUGUGUCAGAUUAGUGGAGUUUUACUGUAUGUGACCAUGCAGUAAAAGAUAUGAAAAAAACAGCAGGCCUAUCCCAAUAGAAUACAACCUACUGUCUGAUAUUUCUAAGGAUAAACAAGAGCAAACUAGAACAAAACCUUCAAACAUUCUUAGGGGGUAAAGAGUCCUUGGGAUGUUACCUUGGCAAACAAUAAAAAAGUGGCAAUGAUACAAUGAAUGAUUCCACCACUACCAGCAAUAUAAUUUAACAGAGUUAGACCAACUGUAAUCCAAGCAUUUCCAAACACAAUGGUUAUGCCAACAAUCAAUUUAUUAGCUAGAUAUUCAGUAGCGGAAAACAUUUCAUUGGGGGAGGGGCUUAUUGUGGUAGAAUUUUUUCACAGCAUGUUACAUUAUAACGUAUUAUUAAGAUUGCCUGCAAAUCCAGGCUCCUUCCCCCCAAAAAUGUAUUUCAACAAUAGCAUUGGAAGAUAUAUUUAUAAAAGGAACUUGGCAAACCUCUUAAUUUAUUGCACAGAUCUCAUUCAUAGAAUUUAUUGUUAACCCAAUAAGAAACAUUCAAUGUUUGAGUUCUGAGAUUUGUCCUUUUGUCUUUUAUUUAUUUGGUAACAAUUAACUUAUUUGUAAAUAUGUACCUCAGUAGUUAAAUGCAUUUAUUGACAACAAAAUAUAUAAAAAAUGUUUUUUUUUAAUAAAGGUGGCAUGUAAUAAGCCCCCUUCAGCCUUGUACGGUUUGGGUUUAAUCUGUGUUAUGUUGACUUGUAUUGUUGAAAUGUAGAAGUUCCAAUAUGCUGCUUUUUUUCCUGUACAGUAUUAAAUGUGUUUCUCUUAACUUGGUUAUCAUGAA